AUAUAAGAUCUAAUUACAAAUUUUUUAAAUUUAGAGACCAAAUUAAAAAAAUUAUGGCCUGUAUUAAUUUAUUACACGAAUAUGAAUUAUGAUAGAUAUGUAUUUCAUGCAGAGAGAUAAUAAUCUACCAGCAGUAUCAUAGUGAUGUCACCAUUACUGGGGAUGAUGUGGUUUUGAUUCUCAGUAGAGUAUUAUUUUUGUGUCAAUAGUUUUAUAACAACAGAAAAAUGGAGUCUGCAUGCAGACUUCCAUUGCAAGGUACUUCACCUACUUUCCAUUAUUGGCGUUCAACUUUUGACUAGUAAUAUGGUAUGGACACCCACUACUAAACUACAAAAACACCCUUAACAAGUUCUCAAAACUGCUAAUCACUUGUUCAGGAAAUUAAAGAUAGGGUGUUUGGCCUACUUCCUCAUUUUUGUAAAAGAGCCAAUUUCUGGUUAUCUAUUGCUUGAACUUUUGUUUUGUCUUCUUUUAUCUUUUCAAACUACAAUCAUAAACCCCAUUAUAAAAAAAAUAGCAUAUUUUCGUGUAACUUUUCCACAAUACAUACCUACCAACAACUUUGAAAUUUCCUCUGAAUGCCUCCGUUAGACUCCACACAAUUUCUCUUCUCUCUUUUCUUCAUCCUUUUCAAAUCUCCAAAACCAAAUGAUCCUUCAAAUCUCUAUCCAUUGCAAUAAACCUCAACUAUGCAUUAUUACCACUAUCUUCUUCUUGGCUACCAUUGUUUUAUCAUCUAAUCCAAAAUUUGAGGCCUGCACCCCUAGAAGCUGUGGUGCUGGCCCACCCAUUAAGUAUCCUUUCUGGAUUCCUUAUGAACAGGAAUCAUUUUGUGGCUACCCUGAAUUUGAGAUCACCUGCAUUGACAAAAAUCCAAUUCUCAGAACUUCUAACAAUGAUUUGUUAGUGAAAGAUAUCUCUUACUCCAACUCUUCAUUUACUGUGGCCAACAUAGCUGUCUAUGAGGACAAGUGUCCUGUUCCCAUGUAUAAUUACAGCCUUGAUCAAACUCCAUUUACCUACAGUUCAGAAAAUUGGAAUCUCUCUUUCUUCUACAAUUGUACCACAGAACCCAUAGAUUAUCCCACUUACAAAGUAGAUUGUGCUAAAAAUGCUACACAUUAUUCUUUUGCGGUUUUUCACAAGGAGGCACUGGAACACAAAAACUAUUCCUUGAAUGAGUGUCAGUUUAUGGUUAAUGUGCCAUUGAACAUGAAUGCUGCUGUUAAUUUCACUAGCUUGUUGCGAAUGAAUUACACUGAGAUUUUGAAGAUGGGGUUUCUUUUGAACUGGACUGCACCUGAUUGCCAGAACUGUGAGAAAAGUGGUGGACGUUGUGGGUUUGUUGGCAAUAAGUUCCUCUGCUUCUGCAAGGAUAAGUCCUACUUAAAAAGUUGUGGUAAUGGCACGUUGAAUUUGCCUAGGAAAAUCAUUAUAGGUGUUGGUUCUGCUGUGGUGGGAGCACUUGCAGUGGGCAUUGGCGUCUAUCUCUAUUGGCGUAGAAAGAAGAAUAGUUAUGUCACAUAUAUACAAUCUAGGAGCCUCUCUUUUGAUCCAUCUUUAAAAGACACUGAGAAGGGAACUCAAAGCUUUACUCAAAGCUUUGUACAUGGGAUGCACCUCUUCUCCUAUGAUGAACUUGAAGAGGCCACAAAUUACUUUGACUCAUCUAAAGAACUUGGAGAAGGGGGCUUUGGGACAGUGUAUUAUGGCAAACUGCGGGAUGGGCGUUCUGUUGCAGUGAAGAGGUUGUAUGAGAACAACUACAGGAGAGUUGAGCAGUUCAUGAAUGAAAUUAAAAUCCUAGCUCUGUUAAAACAUCCAAAUCUUGUGUCAUUAUAUGGAUGCACCUCUCGCCACAGCCGUGAACUUCUGCUUGUAUACGAGUACAUUCCUAAUGGAACUGUUGCUGAUCAUCUUCAUAGUGAGCGAUCCAAACCUGGAACACUCCCUUGGCUCAUUAGAAUGAAUAUUGCUGUGGAGACUGCAAGUGCACUCACAUAUCUUCAUGUUAAAGACAUCAUCCACAGAGAUGUGAAAACCAACAACAUUCUCCUCGACAGUAACUUUCGUGUCAAAGUGGCAGAUUUUGGACUCUCACGUCUUUUUCCAGAACAUGUCACCCAUGUUUCAACAGCUCCACAAGGGACUCCAGGUUAUGUGGAUCCAGAGUACCAUGAGUGCUACCAGCUUACUAACAAAAGUGAUGUCUAUAGCUUUGGAGUGGUGUUGGUUGAGCUGAUAUCAUCUUUGCCUGCUGUUGAUAUCACAAGGCAUAGACAUGAAAUCAAUUUGGCCAACAUGGCCAUCAACAAGAUUCACAGUCAGGCACUGCAUGAGCUUGUGGACCCUACCCUUGGGUUUGAAUCAGAUUUCAAGGUAAGGAAAAUGAUAAAUGCUGUGGCUGAGUUAGCAUUUCAGUGCUUGCAGAGUUCCAAAGACAUGAGACCUUCUAUGGAAGAAGUGUUUGAUACUCUGAAGGAUAUACAGAGUGAUGGCAAACACAAAAGCCAGCCUGAGGUAAUGGAUAUCUCAAGCACUGCUGAUGAUGUUGUGUUGCUGAAGGAUAACCCUCCUCCACCAUCACCUGAUUCUAAUGCCGUGAGCAAGUCAACAACACCAAAUGCUAGUGGAUAAGUGGACCUUCUUUAACCUUAUCCAAAAUUUAAGUAAACAGUUAGAAUCACACUAGUAGCAUCCACCCAUUUACAGCCUGCAUUAUGUCAUCUGCUGAUGAAGAUAACUUUAAAGAUUGAGAUGUAUAUAUAGAUGAUAAAGCUGCUUUGCCUAUGAAUUUUCAUCUUUUUAAUAAUUAUAGUUAUAUAAUAUUAAUUU